AUGUCUCCGGUAGAAUUGAAGAAACAUCAACGACUACAAUGGCUGCCUCCACCGCCGUAACCACCGUGACAUACGGAGCUUCACAUCUACCUCCUUCACGAACCGCAUUAGCAAUCAAUUCCCGGAGACUUUCUAUAUUCUCGCCGUCGAAAAGGUUAGACCUCAGUAAUCUGCGGCGGAGAGUCAAUGCACCAUCGCCAAGUGGCGCCGUGGUUCGAGCCGCUAGAACUGAGUCAGCCGGAGUAAAAUUAGGAGCUAGAGCUCCCAAUUUUGAGCUUCUAGAGCCACUCACUGGAAACUUAUGGAAAUUAGAAGACUUUGAACUGUAUCCAUCUCUACUGGUAAUGUUCAUCUGCAACCAUUGCCCGUUUGUGAUUCACUUGAAGAAAGAUAUUGUAAAGCUCUGCAAUUUCUAUAUGAAGAAAGGUCUUGCUGUUGUUGCAAUAUCUUCAAAUUCUGUAGUAACUCAUCCUCAGGAUGGGCCUGAGUUCAUGGCAGAGGAUGCAAAAGCUUUCAAAUACCCAUUUCCUUACUUAUAUGAUGAGUCACAAGAGGUUGCCAGAGAAUUUGGAGCUGUUUGUACCCCUGAGUUUUUCUUGUAUAAGAAGGAUGGUCGUAGACCAUUUGAGCUGGUCUAUCAUGGCCAGUUUGAUGAUUCCCGGCCUAGCAAUAACAUUCCAGUAACUGGGAGGGAUCUAAGCCUGGCGAUUGAUCUUGCCCUUAGCUGUCAACCAAUACCAUCAAAUCAAAAGCCAAGUGUUGGUUGCAGCAUAAAGUGGCAUCCAGAAACAGAGUCAUGAGCUAAAACAUUGAUUGUCCUUCUAAACAUUGAUUGUACUUAUAAACAGCUGCGCAACAUUAUUAUCAGGUAUGUUCCAAAAUCGAAACCGAAAGGAGAGAAGAAGUCAAAGCAGAAGAACUUAGCCUGGUCGCCAGAAGAACAUAGAAAGUGGAAGUUGUAUCCAUUAUUCGAGACUAAUAUACAGUAAUCUACUCCACGUAUCCUAUUUCGUGGGAUCGUUCAUGUAUGAUAUAACUUCAUGAACAAUAUAAGAAUGAGUUUUAGUGUAAA